UUGUCUUAGAAACCAUUGCCAAAAUUUCCUCUCCCUCCCUUAUCUCCUCCACAUUGUCCUCUUCUUCUUCAUCUUCAUCUCCAUCUCUUUAAACACCGACUCAAAAUUCACUCUCUACGUCUGAAAGUUCAUCUCCAAAGGCUAAAUCAAGGCAUGGCUUUCGCAGGGACAACCCAGAAGUGCAUGGCCUGCGACAAGACUGUGUAUUUGGUCGACAAGCUCACUGCUGACAAUCGUGUCUACCACAAAGCUUGCUUCCGCUGCCACCACUGCAAAGGAACCCUCAAGCUAAGCAAUUACAAUUCGUUUGAAGGGGUGCUCUAUUGUCGGCCACAUUUCGAUCAGAUCUUUAAAAGAACUGGAAGUCUAGACAAAAGCUUCGAAGGGACACCAAAAAUUGGGAAACCGGAGAAACCGGCUGAUUCUGAGAUGAAAUCGGCGGCGACCAAGGUUGCAAGCAUGUUUGCGGGCACCAAAGACAAGUGCCUUGGGUGUAAGAACACCGUAUAUCCAACGGAGAAGGUUUCAGUGAAUGGUACCUCGUACCACAAGAGCUGCUUCAAGUGCUGCCAUGGCGGAUGUACAAUCAGCCCAUCAAACUACAUCGCACACGAAGGCCGGCUCUACUGCAAGCACCACCACACCCAACUCAUCAAAGAAAAAGGCAACUUGAGCCAGCUCGAGGGAACCCAUUAAAUAUAAUAAUUCUCUUAAUUUCUAGUCCUGUUUUUACGCUUAAAAUACCAACGUUAUGUAAAAAACAAAACAUGUUUAUUGUGUGUGGGUCUCUCUUGUUCAUUGUUCUUGUCUUUCUACUUUCCCCCCUCAUUUCUCGCUUUGCAGCUGCUUGAAUUGAAUUCAAAAAAAUUGAACUACAUUACAUACAUAUAUGUCAUAUGAUAUGAUUAAUACCGUCUAA